CAACUAACCCCACCAUUCUCCUCCAUAUUUCCUCAUAAACCUCCUUCUAAAUCUCCCCCUCUAUACCUUACACAAUCCCACCCUUUUUCUCCCCCACAAAAACUUUUUCUCCCUUAAACCAAACACACCUCAAUAAUAAUAGCAGCACCAACAACAACCAUGGCAAUGGACUUCAUAACCGGGCCCACCACCACCGUCACAACUCCUCCUACUCCGGAUUCCGACACCGACACUCCGCCGCAUCCACCACCAUCCAAAAGGGCCCACCACAACCUUAAUCCCCAACACCAGCACGUGACAUACAAAGAGUGUCUUAAAAACCACGCAGCAACCAUCGGAGGUCACGCGCUUGACGGUUGCUGUGAGUUCAUGCCAGGUCCCACCGCUAACCCUUUAAACCCCACCUCCCUCACGUGCGCCGCGUGUGGUUGUCACCGUAACUUCCACCGCCGUGACCCUGAUGACCCUACUCCUCUCCACCACCUCAUCCCACCUUCAACAGGAGCGCGUAAGGCUCACUCCCCACCUUCCGCUUCUCAUCUACUUCUCUCCUUAAGCGGUCACACUCACAGCCCAUCCGCACCGUCCGAUCACGAAAUCCUCCAGAAUAAUCCCACGUCUGGAAAUGGUGGCCCCGGACACGGACCCAUCAUCCAAUCGUAUUACAACAACAACAAUGGAAGCAGCAGCAGCAGUAAGAAGCGAUUCAGGACGAAAUUCAGUCAAGAACAAAAGGAAAAAAUGCAUGAAUUCUCAGAAACAAUCGGGUGGAAAUUAAAAAAAGGAGAAGAAAGAUUAGUAGAAGAAUUCUGUAAAGAAAUAGGAGUUGAUAGAAAUGUAUUCAAAGUAUGGAUGCAUAACAACAAACAUUCAUCAUCAACAUCUGGGUCAUCUUCACAAAGGAGAGAGAAAAAUGGUAUAAAUUGUGGAACAACAACAACAACAACAACUGAUGAUAUCAUCACCAUGACUGGUGCAACAACUACUACAAGUAAUAGUAAUAGUAAUGGUCAUAAUCAUAAUCAUAAUAAUCUUAAUGUUGGAUUGAAUAAUUGUGGGGGAGUUCUUGCUACUGCUCUUGAUUUUAAUUUUGCUAAUGCUGGUGCUCAACAGACUAAAGCACAAUGAUUAUUUAAGUUAAUUAAUUAAUUAAUUUCCCUCCAUUAUUAUUAAUUAAUUUCACUAAUUUAUUAUUAUUAUCAAGUUUUAUUUUAUUGCGCUUUUUAGUUAUUGUUAUUAUUAUUAUCAUUAAUUCCCUUACUAAUUAACCAAACUUUUUGGUUCUCAUGUUUUAGAGAGAUUCGAAUGUAUAAAAUAACAUUAUUUGGAAAUCUUUGAUGUCUUUAUGAGAUGAUUAUUGUAUGCUUAUCUCUCAAUAU